UUCCUGUUCACUCCCUUCGAUUUUCCUGCACCUUCUAGAUCUAGUACAAUGUCCAAACUCUCUAUCACCAACGUUCGCAUCUUCGAUGGUGAGAAGAUCAUCAAAGAGCGAGGGAUAGUCACCAUCGACGAGAAUGGAUUGCUUACAGACGAUCCUUCUGACUCAGUCUUCGACGCUACCGGCAUGACGAUCCUUCCUGGUCUUUGGGAUACCCACGUUCAUCUGUCUGAUCCAACUCCGAGGACAAUCGAAAACAGUAUUCCAAUUCUGCGGAACAUGGUGAAAUGUGGAAUUACCACUGCCAUUGACACUGGAAAUAUGAGUCAAGAGCAGUAUGACUUUAUCCGAAGCCGCCAAGAGUUACCUGAUGUCCGGUAUGUGGGUAACUUCGCAACAUCAACCGGUGCUACGCAUAGCAAAUUCCGCAUGGCAAACUCGGAGAGCAUUGUGGACACCGUUAAUGCCGCCACUACUUUUGUUUCACAGCGCGUGAAGCAAGGCGCUGACUACAUCAAGAUUGUGGCGGACGUUCCGGGACCGACUCAAGAGAUCAUUGACCAGUUAUCCAAGGAGGCUCAAAGUCAUGAGAAGCCGGUUAUAGUUCACUCUGCAAUCAAAGCCGCAUUCGACAUGGCAUUGGAAGCUGAGCCCAGCGUCCAUGUCAUCACCCAUGUUCCAAUGGAUGAGCCAAUCACACAAGAGGCAGCCUGCAAGGCGGCCGAGGGAGAUAUAAUUUCUGUGCCCACGCUGGUUUUGUCGGAGGCGGUCUGCAAAGCCAACUAUAAACCGCAUUAUAAGUUCUCUGUGGCGAUGGAGUCCAUUAAGCAGCUGUACCGCGCCGGCGUAACGAUUCUUGUCGGCACUGACUCUAAUGCGAGCUCAAUAGGAGUCAAGCACGGGGAGGCUCUCUUCCGCGAAAUGGAGUUGCUAGCUGAAGCUGGAAUGAAGCCAAUCGAGAUUCUGAAUGCUGCCACUCAACUGUCAGCAAAGUGCUUUAACAUUCUGGAUCGUGGCGCUAUUGCGCCCGGAAAGCGAGCCGAUUUGGUACUUGUAGAUGGCGACCCAACGGAGGACUUGCAGGCUCUGAGAAAGGUGAAGAAGGUCUGGAAGGCAGGGCAAGAAAUAUAUUCUGCGUAGCAGAAUUCCUUAUGGAGAGAGCAACCCCAUCGUGGGGCAAAUCCAGCGUAUGUGACAGUUGGUGACGACAAUCCUGGUAGCGCAGCUAUGAGCAGGAAAUACUGGAAUGCCUUCUUCGUCUUACAAGGGCUACAUUCAGGGUGCUAGAUAGCAAAACAAAGGUGACGAUUGAUUCUCUGACUCGGUGCGCG